AUGUCAAACAUACAAAUUCCAAAUUUAAAAGCAUUGACAGUAUUAGAACCAUAUGCAACAAGCAUCAUUCACGGAAACAAAAGAAUCGAGAUGCGCAGCUACCGGCUCGAAAUACCAAAUAAUGAAGGAAUUUGGUUAGCAAUUCACGCAGGUGGCUCAACACGCAUUUUAAACCCCGAAAUCUGUGCAACUAUUCGCUUUACCCGAUGGCCAGAAUUACCAUCAGAAGAUCGUCUUCGUAAAAAUUGUGGCAAAAUCCUUGGAUUGGCGAAAUUUAUCGCCUGUAUAAAAGCCGAAGAAAUACCUGAUGAUGAGGUUUGGAAAGAUCAUUACGGUGAAAAAUUGUAUUGUUGGCUCAUUAGCGAGGUGAAACCUUUGAGCGCUCCAAUUAAUUGUAGAGGAUUUCUGAGGGUGUGGCCUGUUGAUCAGGAAUUGGUGCAACAAAUCAUUAAUGAUGUUGGACCUUUUUCUUAA